GGUCAAUCAAUCACUGUUAGUUUGAGAGGAGCUUAUGAUUCGUGACUCACUGAGUGACGGAAAAGAAAUCUCACAUGCACAUUGCGCACGCAACUCAAAAUAAAGAAGAAAAAAACAGUAUAGAUUGAUGGAUAAUCAAUCUCAACGAUCCCCGCGUUGAGCUUCUCUAUCAAUUAAAUUAGGAGAAAUGGAUAAUCAGGUUUUCUUCGAAUUCUCCACAUUUUUUAAUUUACUUGUUUUCUGCUUCACAUUCUUUGAUCAGGUCGAUUGAGGAAAUGAUAGAGAGAAAUGUAUAGAUUGAUCGAGAUUUGGAUUUGAAUAUUCUUCCCUUUCUUUUUAAUUGUUUGAUGAAUGCGAGAAUGAGCACGCAAAGGCAGGUGAUUGUACGGGACUUAGUGGAGGAAGCCAAGAAGAGGAUUGCUAUGUUGGUUAUUUGUGUUGUUGGAUUAUCUUUUCUCAUGUCCUAUUUAUAGAUGAGCAAAACGUUGAUAAUAUAGGAAAGUUAGCAUUGGGAAAUUGAAUGCUGGAGAGUAGCAUUGCCAGUUCUGAUAAGGAUUGUUAUCUUAAUAAGUAACGAGUGCCUCGGUUUGGGUCAACUUGCCUGCUGCUGCUUCCUUGAUCAUUCUCCUUCGGUACUUUUCCCUGGAUUAUGAAAUGCGUAAGAAAGCUGCUGCAUAUAACAACAAACCAGCCUCCACAACAUCAAGCACACUGUCACAAAACAAAUCUCUUGAAUUUACCAGGGUUGUUGAAAAGUCCGAUUGGAGAAGGAAAGUGAAUUCGCCUGUUGUUGAGGAUGCAAUAGAUCAUUUCACUAGACGUCUAGUCUCUGAGUGGGUGACAGAUCUAUGGUACUCUCGCUUAACCCCUGAUAAAGAAGGUCCCGAAGAAUUGGUGCAGAUAAUGAAUGGUGUUCUUGGGGAAUUUUCAAGUCGCAUGAGAAAUGUAAAUCUUAUUGAUCUACUGACAAGGGAUUUUAUUAAUCUCAUCUGCACCCACUUGGAGCUUUUUCGUGCCAUUCAAGCAAAGAUGGAAAAGCGACAGUCUAGUGUGCUUACCAUUGAACAGCGAGACAAGGAACUAAGACAUGUCCUGGCUGCUGAGAACAAAUUGCACCCUGCUUUAUUUUCUACUGAAGCUGAGCACAGGGUUUUGCAGCAUCUGAUGGAUGGUCUCAUUUCUUUUACAUUCAAACCAGCAGAUCUGCAGUGCUCUUUCUUCCGUUAUGUUGUUAGGGAACUUCUUGCUUGUGCGGUAAUGCGACCAGUGUUAAACUUAGCUAGCCCAAGGUUCAUAAACGAAAGGAUUGAAAGUGUUGUCAUUUCUAAGGCUAAUCAAAGAGUUGCUUCAGCACAAGAGACAUCUCAUUUCAAACCAAAUGGAUCUUCAAGGAUCUCAUCCAAUCAUUUUUCGAGGUUUUCAGAUCCUACUGAUACUGGGGUUGAACUUGUGCGGUUAAAAACCGACCAAUCCAGAGGUGGACCGGAUGCACCUGAAAAAGAUAAAGUGAAUGGAAGCCAUAUCUCAAAAGAUCCAUUACUUUCCAUUGAUACCCAAUCUUCCCGCACAUGGAGCUCGCUGCCCACGAAUUCCCAGAAUAUUAAUGAAGAAGGAAUCCAACGACAUUUUUCAGGAGGGGAAUGGGGUGAGAGGUUGGAUAUGAUGUCUCGCAGAAAGACUGAAGUCCUUGCUCCAGAAAAUUUUGAAAACAUGUGGACAAAAGGGAGAAACUAUCGAAAGAAAGAAGGGGAAAAUCGAUUGAUAGAGCAAGUCCCUCAGAAUUCUUCAGCGAGUAAGUAUGUUACCUCAGAUCAUUCAAAGAGGGCAUCUAAUUCCAAGAAGGAUGGUGUAACCAAACUUGAUGCCCCUCUGGCCCACAACGCUCAGUCUGUGGGUACCGAGCAGUCUACAGUAGAAAACCCUCUACAUCAUACAGAUCAGAAUAUGUCAAACCAUCCAUUAUUUAGUUCACACAAAGAUGGCAUACGGAGCCCCAUGCAUGUAGAUGAGAUUGAAUCAGGUAGUACUAGCUCUUAUACUUCUGAAGAGGAAGAUGCGAACAGUGUAACUGGUCUUGAUUCUCCAGGAACUAAAGUCUGGGAUGGUAAAACUAACAGAAACCUGGCUGUUUCCCACAUUCAUCAUCCACUUGAAAAUCCUGAUGGCCACAGGGAAAAGAAGACUGGCAGAGGGCUUGCUCACUAUCAAAGAUUAUCUAGACACCAGUCUGGCAGUAAAAGGUCAAGGCCAAGCACUCAGAAGGUACAUGUUUGGCAAGAGAUUGAGAGAAAAAGCUUCUUGUCUGGAGAUGGACAGGAUGUACUUAGUUUAAAAGGACAUACUAAAGCUGAUGAUUUCAGUGACGAUUCUGAGUUUGAAAGUUUGGAUAGAGUUUACAGUGGAGCAACUGCGUGUUCAUCUGCAACAUCUGUUUCUAUUCCCGAAAACCACACUUCAAAUGUUAAUUCUUUUAAACAUUCAUUAAUGGUGGAUUUGAUUUAUAAGUUGAGAUGCGAGGUUUUGGGUGCAAAUAUUGUUAAGAGUGGCUCUAAAACAUUUGCUGUUUAUUCCAUAUCUGUUACAGAUGUAAAUAAUAAUAGUUGGUCGAUCAAAAGAAGGUUUCGACAUUUCGAGGAGUUACAUAGACGUCUCAAAGAGUAUCUGGAAUAUAGUCUUCAUUUGCCACCUAAGCAUUUUCUCUCUACAGGCUUAGACAUGCCUGUCAUACAAGAGCGGUGUAAAUUGCUUGAUAGAUAUCUAAAGAAGCUCUUGCUACUUCCAACAAUUUCAGGAUCCAUUGAAGUCUGGGACUUUCUUAGUGUUGAUUCUCAGACAUAUGUGUUCUCUAAUUCGUUUUCUAUCAUUGAAACAUUAUCAGUUGACCUGGAUGGCAAGCCCUCUGAAAAGAGUAAAAGGGUUUCAAAUUUUAUUGGCCCUGCACUCAAUUCCUUAUCCACUAGGAAGGAGCAAUUGAGUGCAGAGUGCAAGGAAUCUAUAUUGCAGACAAAGCAUAAUCUCAGGGCAGAUGGGGCACAAAUGAUUUCAAAAGAGACACCUCAUUCUCCGAUGAAGUCUAUUAAAGAUUCUGGAAGAUCAUUGAAGGAUCCAGGAAGUGAUUCAGAUAUGCAAAAGAAUGUAUCAUCUGCUAGAAAUUUAGAGAAGAAUGUAAAAGUGGGUGAUAGUCUAGAAGAGAUGUCUGCGUCCAUUCAUGAUACUGCUAGUGAUCACAUGCUCCCUACAGAGUGGGUGCCACCAAAUUUGACUGUUCCUAUACUUGACCUGGUAGAUGUCAUUUUCCAGCUACAAGAUGGUGGAUGGAUCAGGAGGCAGGCUUUUUGGGUGGCCAAACAGAUACUACAACUAGGAAUGGGUGAUGCUUUAGAUGAUUGGCUGAUAGAGAAAAUCCAGCUUCUGCGUAGGGGUUCAGUUGUUGCAUCAGGGAUCAAGCGGGUUGAGCAGAUACUUUGGCCUGAUGGAAUAUUCAUCACCAAACAUCCAAAGAGACGGCGACCACCCCAGCAAUCCACAGAAGUGUCUUCUCCUAAAUUGAUUUCCCCUCAUGGCCAGCAACCCAUGGAAGUAUCUUCACCUAGAUUGAAUGAUGAGCAGCAACAACAGGAUGCAGUUCGACGUGCUAAAUUUGUAUAUGAGCUGAUGAUUGACAACGCACCAGCUGCUGUUGUGGGCCUUGUUGGUCGAAAGGAGUAUGAACAACGUGCAAAAGAUCUCUACUUCUUUCUUCAGUCAUCAGUUUGUACGAAGCAACUGGCUUUUGAUCUCCUUGAGCUGCUGCUUUUGACUGCAUUUCCAGAACUGGAUUCUGUUAUCAGGCAGUUGCAUGAAGAGAAGCAUAAAUUUGGCGAGUUUAAACCCAAUUAGUUAAGUUAAUCAUAUGCCAAGGCCAAGUACACGAGUCUUUCUUGUUUUCUUCAGGUAUGUUAUUCUAUGAUAACAAGUUUCUGUUUUCAAUUUUUGCAACUGAAACACUAUCCCACUUGGUGAUCCAUAGUAUCAAAAGAUGAUCGAAUUGAUGCACAGUUGUGGUGCUUAGAUGGACUCUUGUCUUGGCAAUUUUGAGGAUAUUGUACCUAAAUCAUGAAACUAGUAAUGUACCCAAUGAUUCAUGCCUA